CCCAACCAGUCAAUAGUGCAACGACUCAUUACAACAAAACCCCGGGGUCUGUCAUUCAGGAUAUGCACAAUGACAGUGCCAUGGAGUUCUACGGCCUCUUCUUACCUCUUCUUCUGGCUCUGAAGAUACGCACUGCACACUCAGCUCCUGAUUUCUCUCUAUAUCUUCACACCAUCCUGAAAAACCACACAGCUCACGCUUGUGAAGGACACACGCUCAUCAUCGAGUGUCCCUCCAGGACGUCUGUGGCCGUCCUAUCAGCUUUCUAUGGACGACGUGUUCCUAAUCAACAUCUGUGCCCCUCUGCAAACACAAACACAACCGUGGAGGAGGAUACAGAGUGCACUUCCCCAGUUGCUAUCGAGAAAGUGCUGUCAGAGUGUCAGGAUCACCGGUCCUGUCACAUCCCGGUCUUCAGUCCAGUGUUUGGACAGGACCCCUGUCCUCUCACCACCAAGUACCUUCUAGUCUCCUACAAGUGUAGACCAGAGCACCACCGCACAAGGCUGGUGUGUGAAAAUGAGCGUCUGAAGCUGGUGUGUAAAAAUGAGACUGUCCUCGCAAUCUACUCCGCAACGUUUGGACACCUGCUGCACGGCAGUCCUUACUGUCCUCAGGAACCUGGAUCACAUACUGACAUGGAGUGUUUGUCACCCUCGGCUCUGAGGAAGGUGUCACGCAGAUGCCACGGCAGAGCUAACUGCUCAGUACUGGCCGAUACUCAAACCUUUGGGGACCCCUGCUUCCCCGGCACCAGGAAACACCUGCGGGUGUCCUUCACUUGUGUGCCCAAGUAUCUUCUGGAAGAUGUGGGUCGAGGGUCAACAGAUCCUUUCAUGAUCUCAGACUACACACAUGGUGGAUGGUACACUGGCCCCACCUACAGGCCUCAAAACGUGCUCUUAACCAACUCUCUGGAGAUCAUUGAAAAAAUGUUGGGUCUCCCAGAGCGAGUGGCUCUGUACUUUGUCUCUGGUAUCUGUGCUGGUCUGGUUUUCCUGCUCUGCCUGUUUGGUCUCCGCUCCACAAUAGUGAGGGAUGUUAAAGGUCUGGUUUCUGACCUGAAUGAUGAGCUGAAAGCAUCUCGCAGACAGCGCAAGGAGCUCAUGGAGGACCUCUUUGACGAUGAGGUCUCAGACACGUCGUCCUUCUGUCGCCUCACACAAUCCUACCGCACAACAGACAUCUUAAGUCCCUCCACUCUGACAGUAGAGAUGGUCGAUCGCGAAGUGGAACAGACGAGGGAUCUGCCCAACGGAGACAUUUGGCCACAUCGAGACUCCAGCCCUUAUGCCAUUCAUAAGAUUAAAACCUACAACAACUGAGAGAAGUCACAUAUAUGAGUGAAACUACUAUUAAAGCAUCUUCUGCUAUGAAAUUUAAACUGUGGAAUGAAAUUACACAAAUUAAUUUACUUUUAAAGCAAUUUAACUACCUCUGUAUCCAUGUGUUGUCAUUCAUGGCAAAGUAACUCUAAACAAUAAGAAGUGAAAUACAUGAAAUCUUAAUGAACUAGGUUAGUUACAGUGAUUAAUAACAUCAGACGAUUUGUUAAAUGCAACAGUAUUUUAUAAAAUAACAGAGGAGCUAAUUUUCUGCCUACAUUUGUUUUGGUUAAAGGAUGCCAUGUAAAAAUUUUGAACCCGUAUAAUAAAAA